ACUCACAGGUUGGCUUGGCAACAGCAGAAAACUAGUUGCGGACUUAUUCCAGAAACCUCGAUGCGCAUUUUUUGCCUAAAUUGUUCAAAAACAUUCUUCAACCAGAUACUGAAGCAGCUCUCGUGAUGACUGACCUCUCUUUAAGCUCCCUCGGAGCCAAAGUUGUUCUCGCUACAUCGAGCGACGAGAAUCACCCUGCUGAAAACAUCAUCGAUAGGAACACGAAAACAUAUUGGAUGACCACCGGGAUGUUUCCUCAGGAGUUUAUUAUCCGCUUUUCUGAGCCCACGCAGAUCGCCACUGUGACUCUGGACAGCUAUAACGUCAAGCAUAUGAAAAUAGAAAAGAACACCUCACAAUCAGCUACUCAGUUUGAGUUUGUUACUGAGAAAGAAUUUGAAAGCACAGAAGGACACCUUCAAUCAAAUGCUAUUUCUCUGAACGGCUGCAGCGCGACCCACCUUCGUUUUAUUAUCACCUCUGGAUAUGAUCAUUUUGUCUCAGUACAUAAUGUCUCCAUGAAAAACUAAAAAGGAUAGAUUUUGACUGAGAACUGUGUGUGUAUAUGUAUGUGCAUGUGCUUUAACAUAAAUCAAAAUCAUGAUAUAUUAUUUUGUUUGGACAAAUAUUGUAUUUUUAUGGAUUUAUAGAAUCUCACUUCAUGCUGUGACUCAUCAGUUGGCUACACAGUUCAAAAUACACGUCAGAGUGAUUCUAAAUUGUGUGUCGGAGUGAACGUGAGUCAAUAUUUGUUGAGAUUUACGUCCUUACCUUCAUCUAUCGACAGCUUAGACUGCCUCCAGCACCCCGUAACCCCAAGCUGGAUGGAUGGAUGUAGAUUUGACAUUGUUUGACAUGUAUAUCUGCCACAGUGACUGGAAAUGUGAUUACCAUCUACAGUAGAUAUGCUGAAUUACCUUGGAAAAGUCGAUGUCUAAACAAAAUUGUUAUCCUCUUAAUCUUAUCAGUAAAAAUGCAGAUAAAGCAUUUGGUUUGGAGCCGCAGUAAAUAUUUAAAGCUGACCUCUAAUGAAUUAAAUGCUUCAG